AUGGACCUUAAACAACGAGCUGAAACGUUCCUCACAGCGAUCGUCAACAAGCGCGAAACCGCCUCUAUCGAGGAUAUCCUCCAUCCUGACAUUCAAUUCACGCACAACGACAUGCCCCCAAUGUCGAAGUCAGCAUUCCUUGAGUUCUGGCCGCAGGUGCUCCAUCGGAGCCCAAGGUUCAACGUGCAGAUACGAGAUGUUAUUGCGGAAGGACUCCGGGUUUGGGUUUAUUCACGUGUGGAAGGACGUUUUGGCGGUGGGGUGCUGGAUGAUGUGCAUAUGUUGCUUUUUGAUGAUCAUGGGCUAUUGAUCAGAAGUAGGGGAAUCCAGAGGGAGGUAGAGGGAAAAAUGGACGGGAAAGAUGCGAAACUAAGCUAG